UGCUCUUUCUUUAGACCCUCCCCGCCAAAACCCAACUGUUCGUUUGAACCGUUAGAAAUGUUGUCCGACUGAUGUGAUUUAUGCCAUGCGCCUUGCACAGCGCCUCAGGCUGUUCCACAGCACCUGCUUGUCCAACCGGCAAACUCAACCCACCAUUACCGAAACUAGAACCUCCAACCCAUCUCCUUCAGCAAAACUAUCUUCCAAACAACCACCCAAUCAAUCAUCAUCAUCCUCAUCAUCUUCCAUUACAGAGUCGGACAUAGUGAAAUGGAACAUCGCGAUCACCAACCACAUGCGCAAUGGCCAAUGCGAAUCCGCUCUCCGCGUCUUCAAAACCAUGCCUCGCCGGAGUUCUGUUUCUUGGAACGCAAUGAUAUCUGGGUACUUAUCAAAUGGCCAGUUUGAUCUUGCUCGAGAGGUGUUUGAGAAAAUGCCCGUAAGGGACUUGGUUUCUUGGAACGUGAUGAUCAGCGGCUGUGUUCGGAAUAGGAAUCUUGGGGCUGCCCGGUUGUUAUUUGAUCAAAUGCCCGAAAAGGAUGUUGUUUCAUGGAAUGCUAUGUUGUCGGGUUAUGCACAGAAUGGGUAUGUUGACGAGGCGAGGAUGAUUUUCGACAAGAUGCCCAACAAGAAUUCAAUCUCGUGGAAUGGGAUACUAGCUGCAUAUGUGCAGAAUGGGCGAAUAGAAGAUGCUCAUCGGUUGUUUGAAUCGAAGUCAGAUUGGGAGGUGGUUUCUUGGAAUUGUUUGAUGGGUGGAUAUGUGAGGAAGAAGAGGUUAGUCGAUGGGAGGUGGGUUUUUGAUAGAAUGCCCGUUAGAGAUGAAGUUUCAUGGAACACCAUGAUUUCUGGCUAUGCCCAGAAUGGCGAAUUGUCCGAAGCGCAGAGAUUGUUUGAUGAGUCUCCAAUUCGGGAUGUGUUUACAUGGACUGCAAUGGUCUCUGGGUACGUGCAAAAUGGUAUGCUGGAUGAAGCUAGAAAAUUUUUCAAUGAAAUGCCAGAAAAGAAUUCUGUUUCAUGGAAUGCAAUGAUUGCAGGAUAUUCACAGUGCAAGAGAAUGAACAUUGCAAGAGAACUUUUUGAGGCAAUGCCUCGUCGGAAUGUUAGUUCUUGGAAUACAAUGAUUACUGGCUAUGCUCAGAAUGGCGAAAUGGCUCACGCUAGGCAUUUAUUUGAUAGAAUGCCACAACGUGAUUGCAUUUCUUGGGCAGCAAUAAUUGCAGGGUAUGCUCAUACUGGUCUCAGUGAAGAGGCUUUGCACCUAUUUGUAGAGAUGAAGAGAGAUGGGGAAAAGUUGAAUAGGUCAACCUUUACCUGUGUUUUGAGCACAUGUGCUGAUAUUGCUGCUUUAGAGUUCGGGAUGCAAGUGCAUGGGCGGCUUGUUAAGACAGGUUAUGAGAGCGGGUGCUUUGUGGGGAAUGCACUUCUUGCAAUGUAUUGCAAGUGUGGAAGCAUAGAUGAAGCAUACGAAGUAUUUGAGGAUAUUGCAGAGAAGGAUGUUGUUUCAUGGAACACAAUGAUUGCUGGUUAUGCAAGGCAUGGAUUUGGCAAAGAGGCUCUAAUGGUUUUUGAGUCAAUGGAGAAAGUGGGUAUCAGACCUGAUGAUGUCACAAUGGUUGGUGUGUUGUCCGCAUGUAGUCAUACCGGCUUAGUGGACAGAGGGACAGAAUAUUUCUAUUCAAUGUAUCAGGAUUAUGGCAUUACUGCAAACUCAAAGCACUAUACAUGCAUGAUAGAUCUACUUGGUCGAGCUGGGCGUCUAGAUGACGCCCAAAACCUAAUGAAUAGCAUGCCUUUUGAACCAGAUGCUGCAACAUGGGGUGCUCUCCUCGGUGCAAGCAGGAUUCAUGGCAAUACUGAAUUGGGAGAAAAGGCUGCAGAAAUAAUUUUCAGGAUGGAGCCUGAUAAUGCUGGUAUGUAUGUUCUUCUCUCAAAUUUAUAUGCAGCUUCAGGUAGAUGGGGCGACGUUGGUAAGAUGAGAGUGAAAAUGAGGGACACAGGUGUAAGGAAAGUGCCGGGGUAUAGUUGGGUUGAAGUGCAAAACAAGAUUCAUACAUUUUCUGUUGGGGAUUCGACCCACCCAGACAAAGGUAGAAUAUAUGCCUACUUAGAGGAGUUGGAUUUACGGAUGAAGCAGGAUGGCUAUGUUUGUUCUACAAAAUUUGUUUUACAUGAUGUGGAUGAGGAGGAAAAGGAGCAUAUGCUCAAAUAUCAUAGUGAAAAAUUAGCUGUUGCUUUUGGGAUCUUGAAUAUACCAGCUGGGCGACCAAUCCGUGUUAUAAAAAACUUGCGGGUGUGUGCAGACUGCCACACUGCAAUCAAACACAUAUCUAAGAUUGUGGGAAGGCUGAUAAUCUUAAGAGAUUCCAACCGCUUUCACCACUUCAAUGGUGGAGUGUGUUCUUGUGGGGAUUACUGGUGAGAGCAAAUAGAUAAAUGAGAUGAUCAAAAUUUAACUAUCAUCUAAUGAAAUGCAUUCAAGUGAGACUACUCUUUGACUAGUUAUCCAAGCUGUGGUUAGGAACCAUUUUAUGAAGAUUCCUCUUCCAGGAUGUGACUCGGGGAAACUUCAAUCAUGAAUUUGUUGUAAAAAAGAGAAGGGUGGAAAAAAAUUCAGUUGAUUAGAAAGAGGUGCAGAGGUCUUGAAACCCUUUGUAAAUCCAGUUGAAGCAACGGUGUUUAUUCCAAUCUUCUCUUCAUCAAUUAACAGCCAUUUCUGUUCUCGAUUGUCACCUAAGAGAGUUGUUGAUUUGAUGUUUUGGGAUUGACUCGGCUUGUUCAGUGUCCUGUUUUAUAGUGGUGCCAUAUCUCAAAUUUUUUGGAUUCUGUCUCAGUGUCUCGCACUCUGUAAUAUUUUGGAAGAUCUAAAGGCCAGUCUGCCAGCAAUUGAUGGUGGGUCUGAUUAUAUCACAUUUUGGGGACAACUUCUCACCUAACAUGUUUGGGUUUAUGUCUUUCAUUCUAUAACGAUGUACAUUUUUGGUGUUGCAGCAAUUCUAUGCUCCUUUUGAGACCUGGCACUUGGAAGCACAAUCAAGUUCUACCUAUAAGCUAUAAGCUGAUUCUUGGAAUUUUAUUUUUCGUGUAAAAAAUAAUUUUGAUAGUACUGCUAACUGUAUUUCAUUUAUAAUUACCAAUUUAUUACUUCAAAUUCCUCUGCAGUUGCUGCAGUUAUGAAUUGAGUUGCACUUUAGUUA